GGCCCCGCCUCCCUGUGACACCGCCCGUCACGAGGGGCGGGUGGAGCCGUGCGGAGGCCCCGCCCCCCCGCACGCGCAGUGGCCACGCGGAGGAGGCUUCCGGUCGGCGCCGGGCUCGCCCCUCCCUUUCUGCUCGCGGGCGGCCAUCAUGGUGUUCAAACGCUUUGUCGAGAUCGGCAGAGUUGCCUUCAUCUCCUUUGGGCCACAUGCUGGCAAGCUAGUGGCCAUUGUGGAUGUUAUUGACCAAAACAGGGCACUGGUUGAUGGCCCCUGCAGUGGUGUCAGGAGGCAGGCUAUGCCCUUCAAGUGCAUGCAGCUGACUGACUUUGUUCUCAAGUUCCCACACAGUGCUCGUCAGAAGUGCGUGCGACUUGCCUGGGAGAAGGAAAAUAUAAAUGAAAAAUGGGCAGCGACAAGAUGGGCGAAGAAGAUCGAAGCCCGAGAAAAGAAAGCCAAAAUGACCGACUUUGAUCGCUACAAGGUUAUGAAGGCAAAGAAAAUGAGAAACAGGAUCAUCAAGCAUGAAAUGAAGAAGCUCCAGAGAAUGGCUUCUAAAAAAGGCAAGAAGCCUGAGAAAUCAGGGAAGCCAGAGAAGGCGCAGAAGCCGGAGAAGUCAGGGAAGCCAGAGAAGGCUCAGAAGUUAGAGAAGGCGCCAAAAGCACAGAAGGCACAGAAAUAAAAUGAACUUCUGGUUGUAUAUGA